GUGAGUCAUUCAAAACGAAAUUCUUCACUAUUAAAAUCUUAUCGUUAGAGGCAUCCGAGAGAUCCCUUGGCCUAAUACACAAACAACCCGGAGAAAGCCCCUGAAAAAGUAGUAUUACUGAGUAUAGAGCUCAAUGAAGCCAUCAUGCAUAAUAAUCACCUUGAUGGUGAUAUUGACGAUGAUAGUGAUAGUGGUGAUGGUGAAGUUCGCGACGGAGAUAUCUGUGGAGGAGAGGCGGAGAGACUCCGUGGAGCUGAGCGGAGACGUGAGGAAGAUACACAAGACCAUGGGGCUGGUGGCUGUGAAAGAUGACGCGACCUUGAUUAAGAUGGCUGAAAGAUUCCCAUACCUGGCCGCUUUCACCCGCAACUCGAGCACCUCAUGGCACUUCGCGUGCUUCGGAGCCCUGGUGGUGUCGAGCUGGGUGGUGACGGCGGCGCGCUGCCGGCGGCUCGGCGCCACGCACCGCGCGCUCCUGCUCCCCGAGCUGACCGCGCCAGGCAACCGCACACGCACGCACCCCGUCCUCUACUGGAAGCUCCACGACGACUACAACGCCACCCGCCCCGAACUCUACAACAUCGCAGUCGUCAAGCUCUACAUCAACCAAGCCACCCGCAAGUCUGCCGUAGUCCAAGAAACCAAAGUCAACGAUCUGGUUCAAGCUAGUAUCUGGAAAACCCUGACCACUAUGACUCAUGAAGAGUAUCUCACUAAUGAUGUGGAUAAGUACAUGUGUAAGUUGACUGAUCGCAGCCGCUGUAGUGACGUCAGUGGGGUGGAUUUAGAUGAUGGUGUGAUUUGUGUGGACAUGUCGGGGCAUGAGGAUUGCUUCGUGCAUGAAUUUGGGCCGAUUUUCUUCGGGAAUAGGAUAGUGGGGGUUCUUGCGGUGAAGCCGGUGAGCUGUGCAGCGAAACUGGCAAUAUUCACCAACGUGUCGCACUACUCGCACUGGAUACUGAAGACUGCGCGGGACUGAAGAUACUUUAGAACAUUUUGUAAGUUUUCGCAAAGUAAUCAAUAAAAUCGUGAAUGCAU